AUGGCCAACGACUACAGCAAUAUCCCUGACUUCGACUCUCUGCCACCCGUGAAGGACAUGCCACAAGGUUGCUCCUGGGGUAUCUUCGACAAGAACGGCAAGAAAGACCACAUCGGUUGCCUCAAUCUCCUCACUCCCAACGUCGUGCAAGCAGCUCUCAAAGAAGCUCAAGAUGGUACUUCCGUAUCGCUCAACUGGCGCCUCAACGCCAUUAACACCCCCGGAUUCUCCCGCAAAGGCCUAGUCCACAAAGUCCUCUCAUUCAGCGAAGGACCCUACAGCCUCCAUGGCUUCGACGACGAAGUCGAGUUCAACACCCAGGCCUCUUCCCAAUGGGACUCCCUCGUCCACUUCGCCCAUCAGCCCACCGGACUCAGCUACAACGGCGUCAAACCUACCGUCGAAGGUCUCCAACAAGACUUUGGCAAUCUUGACGUAGACCAGUCACUCCCAACUCUGAACCACUGGCACCAGCGCGGCGGCCUCGUCGCCCGAGGCGUCCUGCUCGACUACCGAGCCUGGUCCGAAAGCCAAGGUAAAUCAUACGACUGCUUCAGCGACCACCGCAUCACAACAGACGAGCUAGAGCAAGUCGCGCAGUGGGAAGGCGUAGAGUUCAAACACGGUGAUGUUUUGAUUAUCCGUACUGGAUUCACGGAGGAACUUGGAUCCAUGGACGCGAGUGCUCAGGAGAAAGCGCUCGGAACACAUCAGACAGUGGGUGUGGCUGGUAACAAGGAGUCUGCUAAGUGGCAUUGGAAUAAGCAUUUUGCUGCUGUGGCGGGUGAUGCGAUUGCUUAUGAGACGAUCCCACCUCUUCGAGAGGAUGGGUCGCAAGGCGGGAUCGGUGAGCUCGUUCUCCAUCAAUGGUUCCUGUCCCUCUUCGGCAUGAACAUCGGCGAACUAUGGGAUCUAAAGGCUCUCUCACAAGUCUGCAAGGAGAAGAAGAAGUACAGCUUUCUCCUCACGAGUUGUCCUUUGAACGUCCCUGGUAGCGUGGGCUCACCACCAAACGCCCUUGCCAUAUUCUAG